AUGAUUUUAUUCAACCAAGUGGGUUAUUUCAUUUCCUUGUUUGCUACAGUGUCCUGUGGGUGCCUGAAUCAGCUGUAUAAAAACAGCUUCUUCCGAGGUGGGGAUGUAGCUGCCAUAUACACGCCAGAUGCUCAGUACUGUCAGAAAAUGUGCACAUUUCACCCCAGGUGCCUGCUCUUCAGCUUCCUCUCAGUGAGUUCAACCAAUGAUCCAGAUAAAAGGUUUGGCUGCUUCAUGAAAGACAGCAUUACAGGAACCUUGCCAAGACUGCAUCGGACGGGUGCCAUUUCUGGUCACUCUUUAAAGCAGUGUGGUCAUCAAAUAAGUGCUUGCCACAAAGACACAUAUGAAGGACUUGAUAUGAGAGGAUCCAACUUCAAUAUCUCUAAGACCAACAGUGUCGAAGAAUGCCAGAAGCUGUGCACAAACAACAUUCACUGCCAGUUUUUCACAUACGCUACAAAUGCAUUUCAUAGACCGGAGUACCGGAACACCUGCCUGCUGAAGCGCAGCUCCAGCGGGACACCCACCAGCAUAAAGACACUGGAUAACCUGGUAUCUGGAUUCUCACUGAAGCCCUGCGCACUUUCCGAGAUUGGUUGUCCCAUGGAUAUGUUCCAGCAUUUCGCCUUUGCAGACCUAGAUGUGGGCCAGGUCAUGACCCCCGACGUGUUCGUGUGUCGCACCAUCUGCACCUUCCAUCCCUCCUGCCUCUUCUUCACAUUCUACACGAACGAAUGGCAGAUAGAAUCCCAGAGGAAUGUUUGCUUUCUUAAGAUGUCUAAAAGUGGUACUCCAAGUCCCUCUGUUCCUCAAGAAAAUGCUAUAUCCGGAUACAGUCUCUUCACCUGCAGAAAAGCUCGCCCUGAACCCUGCCACUUCAAAAUUUACUCUGGAGUUGACUUUGGAGGGGAAGAACUGAAUGUGACCUUCGUGCAAGGAGAGAGUGUGUGCCAAGAGACUUGCACAAAGACAAUUCGCUGUCAGUUCUUCACUUACUCGUCACUUCCAGAAGACUGCAAGGUGGAGGGGUGUAAAUGUUCCUUAAGGUUAUCCGUGGAUGGCUCUCCCACUAAGAUCACCUACGGCACAGACAGGAGCUCUGGGUAUUCUUUGAGAUUGUGUAAAGCUGUGGGCAGCCCUAUCUGCACAACAAAAACAAAUGCGAGGAUUGUGGGAGGAACAAACUCCUCUUUAGGGGAGUGGCCAUGGCAGGUCAGCUUGCAGGUGAAGCUGGUAUCUCAGAAUCAUCUGUGUGGAGGGACCAUCAUCGGACAACAAUGGAUCCUGACAGCUGCCCAUUGCUUUGAUGGGAUCCCCUACCCAGACGUGUGGCGUAUUUAUGGCGGGAUUCUUUAUCUGUCAGAGAUUACAAAAGAAACGCCUUUCUCAGGAAUACAAGAACUUAUUAUACAUCAGAAAUAUAAAAUCUCAGAAGGCAAUUACGAUAUUGCCCUAAUAAAGCUUCAGACGCCCUUGAAUUACACUGAAUUCCAAAAGCCAAUAUGCCUGCCUUCCAAAGACGACACAAAUACAAUUUAUACCAACUGUUGGGUGACUGGAUGGGGCUACACAAAGGAACGAGGUGAAAUCCAAAAUGCUCUACAAAAGGCAGCUAUUCCUUUGGUACCCAAUGAAGAAUGCCAGAAAAAAUACCGAGAUUAUGUUAUAACCAAGCAGAUGAUCUGUGCCGGCUACAGAGAAGGCGGGAUAGAUGCUUGUAAGGGAGAUUCCGGUGGCCCCUUAGUUUGUAAACACAAUGGAAUGUGGCAGUUGGUGGGUAUCACCAGUUGGGGUGAAGGCUGUGCCCGCAAGGAGCAACCAGGAGUCUACACCAAGGUUGCCGAGUACCUGGACUGGAUAUUGGAGAAGACACAGAGCCGUGGUGCAAGCACUCUGGAGAUGUCUCCAGCGUGAGGAGGCUGGGUAGUAAGGAAGAGCCCAGCUGGCACCAGUUUUUCCACCUGCUCUCAAGUCAACAGAGAGCCCCAGACUUCUCACAUCCUUGUCAUAGGAUUAAAAGCACAAUGUUGAUACAGUUGCUGAAGACAACAUCUUGUCAAAACGUGUUUCCUGCCUUGAGUCAUAGAAUCCCCAAAUGGAAGCUAUCCAAAGCGCAUCAUGCUUGGUUGGUCAAAAUGGCCAAAGGGUUUUAUUAGGUAGUGAAUGGGUGAUCUGAAAUAAGCAGUUGAAAGUAAGACUCCAGAUUCUAGCACAGUGUCUCGGACCGUUCUCAUCUGACUUCUGACUCUGGACCUCAGCAGAUUUCAGAGUUACCUGCUGUCCUCCUCACUCAUUGGUUCCUUAGAUCCCCAUGCUGUUGUUGCAUCUGGCUCAAAGAACUGAGAAACCUGGUUCUGUCUGGUGGAAGGAGGAGACCUUUGUAACAUUUUCUUUACAAUAAAAGGAUGGCCUACUUGAACGUGAGGAGACAGAGCACCUUUCCUUCUAAACCACCUUCCUGGCCAUUGCCACAUGGUCUUGGCUACAUAUAGGUGGAAGACCUACAAGGCUGUGCUUUUCUUGUUGUGUGCAGCUCUUGCAAUAGGCUGAUCCCACAGUAUUCACACAGGGCAGGGAAUUUGAUGGGAAUCUCCCAGGGAAUCUUGGGAGUUUAAUUGAUGAUGCAUUCUGCAAUAGUAAUUCAUGAAGUGUCCUUGGAUAUAAGGUUUUAUAUAAAAUCCAAGAUUGUGACUGAGUUGAAAAAUAAUCAGUGGCCUGCAGAGUGGAUGACAUUAAUCCUCAUGUAACACAAAUUCCCAGCUUGCCAGUGAUUCCCAGAGUGGGCUGUACGUGCUUAAUUCCAUUUAGUUAAGCUGAUUAAUAUUGACACAGAAUUGACCAUUUACAAACUACUGGGCAAGUUAAACAGACAACUAGAAAAAUGAACUUUUCUGUAGAAGAUCCAACUUUUCCUUGUAUGUUCAGAGGCUUGUUGAGUAAAUCAGAGGCUUAAGUGGGGAAGAGCUAACGGGCUAGCCACAGAAUUUGAGAUGGGAAGUGGAGAGGUAGGCAUUACCCCACGAGCAAAUGGCUUUUGUAAAAUCUGGCUUGA